UCGAAAAAAAAUCUUUGAACGCAACGUACACGCUUCGCUUGUGUAGACGGUAGGGCGGAUAAGUGCUGCGCGUGUUUAAUGGUUUUUUCGCAUAAUAAAAUCCAAUUUUACCUUUGUGUUCCAAUGCAGUUAUAACAUAUUUUAAGAAUUUUAACAAAUCGACGCAAUUUCGCCAUUAAGAAAUGCAGUUAAAGUGAUAUUUGAGUGGUGAAAGAGCACACACAAGUCACGCGUGUGUGUUGAAGGCAAAACGAAUACGAGUACGAAGCAAAGUCAAAGCGAAGCAAAGUGCAAAAGGCAUUAAAAAAAUUAGCACUUGAAGUAUAUUACAGAAAAAUAUCAUGAGACGAAGCAAUUUUAAAUUAUACAAAAAGUGUAAAAUUCGUUAAAGUGCAUUUAAAAUGCCCAAAAAGUGAAAUCCAACAACGCGAAUGCAACAGUAGCGCACAGUUAAAGUCGAUUCGACGACAUACAUAUACACGCUACAUACAUACCUAUGUACAUGUAUUGAACUCAGUGUGGCCAAGCAGCAAAAAGAACGUAGUAUACACAUAUAUACAUACAUGCACACGCACAAACAAACAAACAUCUCAUAGUUGUUAUUGUGCCUCUCUUAGUUGCGUAUUUCUUUUGUUUUGUUUGGUCUUUGUCAUACGCGCCAUUUCGUUUAUGUUAUUGCUGUUGUUGUGUCUGUGUCGCGCGCGUUGGGCAAGGACGACAACGACGACGCCAUCUAUUGGAGCAAAUCGGCGCCAACUUGUCAUUUGACAGCCAGCUCAGAGAUUAACAUACCGACAACAGUGUGGAGAAGAAGCAGAAGGGGCAAGAAAGGAGAAGGUGGCCUAAGUUGGCGUGUCAUCAGCUGUAAAGCUGACGUUGACGGCUGCUGCAACCAUAUUAAAUAAUGGAUACAUUUCGCAAGUGGCUGAAUAAGCCAAAGGCUGAUGACAAAUCGCUGCUGGCACGCUUCUAUCACGCCGAUCGCUCGCUGACCGCGGUGGCCAGUGAACUGGACAGCUUCGAUGGACGCGCUGAGCCGGAUCGUUGUACACGCUUGGUCAGCAGACUUCGCCAGAAUCAGGAUAAAGUGUUGGCUAUCACCAAUUUGAUAAUGGAGGAGCUGCUGGGCGAGGAGCGUGACCCGCGGGCCUUUCGCGCCAAGUUUCCAGAGGAAGUGCUGCAGGAGAAUCUGGCUGGACAGCUGUGGUUUGGCGCCGAGUGCCUGGCCGCCGGCUCAUCGAUCUUGAACCGUGAGUCGGAGAGCAAAGAGAUGCGUCCGCUGGCCCAGGCGGUGACCAAGAGUCUGGGCAAUGUGCGCGUCCUGCUGCGGGAUCAAUGUCUGCGCAACAAUGUGCCCAACAGCAAGACACUGCACCUGGACUUUAAUGAUUCCACCACCGAGCAGCUCUACGAAAGUCUUAAGAUCUUUGAUCAUCUAUUUGCCGAGUUCGAGCUGAGCUAUGUGAGCGCCAUGGUGCAAGUAAAGUCACGCCACGAGUAUGAGAUGCAACAAUGGAUUGGCGUGCUCUUCUCGGAAACACUGCAGCGUGCACUGAAGACCGGUCUGCUUGACCAGGACAUGGUCGAUGCCUUUGAUCCGGGAUUAAUGUUCUCCAUACCACGAUUGGCCAUUGUGGCCGGUUUGGUCAUCUAUGCGAAGGGUCCACUUAACAUGGACAUGCCAGGUGAUGAGUUAUCGGAGAUGUUUCGUCCAUUUCGCACGAUUCUUAUCAAGAUCAGGGAUCUGUUGCGAAACCUAAGCAAACAGGAGCUGUAUCAGCUGGAGAAGCUGCUCUGCACCAAUGAGGACAUCAACACAAAGGUGCCACUGGGUUCCAGCAGCAUUGAGGCGCCCAGUCCUGAACACAACAACAGCAGCAGCAACAGUAAUAACAACAACAACAAUAGCAGCAGCAGUGAAAAGACAAGCACAACAAACACAAACACGCACAAGGCUGUGGAACGCUUGGUGGAUCAGCGCAACAACAAUAGCAACAAUAACAGCAGCAGCUGCAGUGGUAAUGCACCAACUCAGGAAACAGCUCGCUCUCCGUCCAUGUUGUCGCUAUCGGCCAACAGCACGCCCACAGCUUCACCAGCGCCAUCGCCAACGCCCUCGCACUCCAUUGCGUCCACAUCGUCGGCAGCAACAAGUUCGACAAAUCCGCCAGCCAACUGGAGUGAUGUCGAUGAUGAAGAUGAAGACGACCACGACGAUGACAAUGCUGAUGCUGAGGAUGAGGAGGAAUGUGGCAUUUUGGACAGCGAUGAUCAGGAUUUGAAUGAGGACAGCGAUAGCGAAGCCGAUGAAUUUAUUGAGGCACAAUUGAAGGCAAUUGUUGCAGCUGCCGAUUGUGCGUCCGGCUAUCUUAUACCAAAUACUAAUCUGGGAAACUUGCUGCAGCCACAACAGGUGACACUCACGGAUAACUUCGUGGCCAGCGAAGACGAUGAGUUUGGCAGCACGGCAACGGAAGAGCAGAACCAGCAAGAGGAGCAGCAGGAACAACAGCAGCAACAGCAACAACGACCGGAAGAUGAGCCUAGCACAAGUGCUGCUAUGUUGGCCGCACGACGGACUCUGCAGCGUCUACGACUGCCAAGCAGCAGCAGUGACAAUGAGCCGAACAGCAAUCAACAAACGACAAUCAGAUCGCCGACAGGGCAACCGACUCGCAGCAAUCGCCAUCGGCACAGUCAUCACAGUCACCAUCAUCGUCAUCACAAUCACCACCAUAAUCACCAUCAGUCUGCACAAGGAGAACAACACAGUCAUCAUCAUACGCAUCCACAUCGCACAACUCGCAGCGGUCGCAAGCGUUGCACCCAGGAGCACUGUGAGACUACAGCGGAGCAAGAAACGGAUCGUACCCUGGCUAGCGCUAAUACAAGCACCGCUUCAUCGCUGUCGGAUGAUGUGUCGUUGGCCAUGCGCAAUACCACAGCACGCCUUAAGUUCAAGAGCACUGAGAAUUUGUUGCAUCGGCUGUUCGUGUGCAUUGCCGGAGUCGCUGAUCAACUGCAGACAAACUUUGCCUCUGAUCUGCGCCAGAUAUUGCGCAGUGUGUUCCUUAUGAACAUGUCCUCGGCCCAGGAGGACAUUGACAUACCAGAAAAGACAAAAGAAUCGGAACUUUUUGAGUUUCGCGCCUCCGAAAAUGAUGUGAUACAAGAAAGCGCCGGCUCCAACCAAAGCAUUUAUUCAGCCGAAGAAGUCAAUCCCGAGCUGGACAAUGUGUUUAACAGCGGCACAUCGGCACGUCACUCGGCCGGAGCUGCAAUGCAACGCAACAAUACCAUUGAUCUGGCUGCUGUACACGAUGGAGGGGGCAGGGGCAGUGGCAGUGGCGACAGCAGCUCCAACAGUGCAAUGCCAACGGCAGCAACACCUGUUCGCAAUCAUGUGGCGCGUAGUCGCAGCUUGGGAGAUCACGAGGUAGCCACCAGUAGCACACAGGAGGAACAGCAGCGGCAGCGACAGCAGCAACAGGAGGCACAGAUGCAGCUGCAAAUGCAACGACAGCGAAACAAUUCUGUGGGUAGCAAUUCGCCGUCGAGUGCAUCAUCGACCAGUUCCAGCUCGGAGCACAAUUCGCCGGUUAGCACACGCAGUGGCAGUCGACGUCGCGUGCAGAGCAUUCCCAACACUCAAUUGUCGGCGGCAGCUACAACAACGACAACACCAACAACAAUGGCGCCGCCUGCAUGGAUUCCGGAUGGCAAGGCGCCUCGAUGCAUGUCAUGUCAAACGCCAUUCACUGCCUUCCGGCGACGUCAUCAUUGUCGCAACUGCGGUGGCGUCUUUUGUGGCGUCUGCUCCAAUGCCUCAGCGCCAUUGCCCAAAUAUGGCCUAACCAAGGCGGUCCGUGUCUGUCGCGAAUGCUACGUGCGCGAGGUGCGUCAGUCGCAGGCACAUGCAUCGGCCCACAGUCAGGCCAGUCGACCACAGGCAGCUAGCGCCUCUUAGGGCUGGCCAAUGGCGCUGGCAGGCGCUGAGCUCAUGACCAGAAACAGAUCCAGAACCAGAGCCAAGACCACAACCAAGUUGAAGACCAAAAAAAGUGACCACUUGGUGCGGAAUUGGAUGGAAAAGCAAACUGUGAAUCGCAAUCGUUCUUCAAAAUUGUUUUCUUUACUAUAGACGUAAAUCCAAAAGCAUACAUAAUAAUUCCUAGACAAUUCUGCACUGGUGUAAGUGCAUAUUAUAUUCGUAUAUACUGUAUACAUAAAAAAAAAAAAGAUUAUUUAAUACCAACUGACCAGCUGAGCGUCUAUUGAAUCUGUACAAUAAAGCUUCAAUCUGUGUAUUAUAUCCAAGUAACUAUACCAUUCGCAAACUCUCUGUUCAAAUGCAAAAGAGAAACAAGCUUUCAGCUCAUAUCAUAUAUACCAAUUAAUCUAUCGGACACAUAUAUGUAUUUAUAUAUAUUCAUGUAUACAAAUGGCCUGCAUUUCAAUAGAUCUUUUCGGUUUUGGGACUGCAUUAGAUAGCAAUCUUAGCUAAUUUUGUAAGCUUUUAAUUGCAAUUGUUCUGUCAUUAGCCAACACGAUUUAGGUAUAGUACAUAAUGUAUAUAUAUUUUUGUAGCACGUGAAGCAAACUGAGCUGAAUAUUUGAUAUAAAUUCUAGCGACAAAUUUGCAAAACAUUAUUGUGAUUUAUUGUUAUUUAUAUACCCUGCCUGUACCCAAAUAAUACUAAAUAAUUAACUGUAACAGCUGAAUGGAAAUCGUUUCGAAACUGAUAACAAUAUGCAACAGGGUAUAUAAAUAGAUAGUCGGUGAAAUCCGGCUAUAAUCUUCUUACUUUAAACGAAUCCAUUUUUGUUAAAACCUUUUUUAAGCUAGCAGGAAAUUGAUUUGAGCCCUAAUAAAACACUGUUUUACAUGUAAUACUUAGUAUACAAAUACA